AUGAAGCCAUUCGCUACUCUUGCAGCAACAGUUGCUGCUCUUGCGGGCAUAAGCAUUGCUCAGGUUACCUAUAACUCGACCACUGGAACCUUCUCAUGUCCUAUUUCCAAUGGUGCCUACUGCGCAAGUCCAUCCCUGGAUUCAUCCAUUAUCAUUCGUUGUACAAACGGCAUUGGUCAACCAGGGAACUGUGAUGAUAAUCUUGCGGGCUAUUUCCCUUAUGGUGUGCAUUAUUCUCCAUGUUGGGAGACUAGUGAUAAGAGUGGUGAUGCUGCUUGUUCAAAGAAUAGUUGCAUCGUCCAAGGCGGCUCUGGAAACUUCAACGGUACAUUUACACUUCCAAAUUGCACACCCAUCCCAAGCCCGUCCGCAACCUUAACUCCAACUACCCCUGUUGCCACCCCGUCAUCGAGUCUUAGCACUGUCAUCCUAUCAUCCGGCAGCGCGGCCGAAACUGGUGGCUCAGGAAGCGGAUCCGGAGGUGGCUCUGGAGGUGGAUCUGGCGGAUCUGGAAGCUUUGGUGUCCACAACGGAACAACUAGUGGUUUAGGAUCCGGUGGAAGUGCAACUGCUACACCUGUAGGACCAAGUAAAACAGCUACUGGAACUGGGGCGCCUGAAUAUACAGGUGCUGCUAAUGCUGUUAGCGCGGGUGGACUUGCAGCUAUGGGAGCUGCACUUGCUUGGUUCCUAUGA